AUGAUUGACUUCUCAGGAAGCCACUCUCCCUUGCAGCAUCCUAGAUUUUCGAGCGAUUACCAAAGCUCUCCGCCAUUUCAAAAACAUUGUCUGGCACAUAGGUAUGAACCGCUCAGACAACCAGGAAGCAGUAUCUUGCAUAAACCACCAGCGUGGUACCUGCAGCCAGCUUCUGUUGAAGGAAAUGGAGAAAUGAAUGAAGUGGGCUCAGAGAUGGACUCUAGGUCUGUUGGCAAUCCAUCUACCAGGGAAGAAGAACAAAGUUUCAGACUUCCUCAGCAGAGUUACAAUACAGAAACACACCAACUCAACCCACACUUAUUCUACACUCUAAUGAGAUUAUGGAGUUACUCCCAAAUAGAUUUGAUGGCCAAUGCUCACAACAAUCAAGUGCAGGUUUACAGCUCCAAAACAUUAAGAGAAUAA